CUGUCUGGUGUUUCGAAUCAUCUACACAAAAUUGUAAGGACCCUAAAUUCCAAAAUUAUACAAAAUGUUGCGUAGGCUGUCUGUGUAUAUGUUCAACACCGCCGAAAUCGAGUCCAAUCUCUUCGCCAUGGCCGACGACGUCUACGGAACGAUUGAAAUUUUCAAGGACGCGGCCAAGUUCGAGUCCCAAUUUGCCAGGCCCUUCGAGAUGAUAUCUGCCCUUUUCGAUUGUGUGGUGUUCAUGGCGGUGGCCGUGAUGGUCAUCGGCUUCACCAUGCACUCGCGAAUUGUCAAGUUUCGCAAAUUGUCCAGGCAAAGCUACCACCAAAAACGGACAACGGUCGACGGGAGCCCACAGGGGCAGACGAGGUUGGCAUUCAACACAUAUCUGCGAGUGAAAAACAAUGAUGAUGCCGAGGACAUUUCCAGCACAAAAGAGGACGAAACCAGCCUCAACAAUUCAAGGAUGAACACUGCUGACGAGGAUACAGCUACCUUGCAACCUCUUGAUGCCGAAAAUGAAGCGGUUGUGACUCCCGUUGGACACACUAAUUGGGGAAUGCAUUGGUUUACCAUAUUGCGGAUAAAGGGUAUAGGAACCAUAUACGAUAGUCUAUUUCAAUAACUACAAAAAGUAUAAGCUAGAACAUCACAUUUCAUUAAAAUCUUAUAAGGAUUACGUCAAGUCCCCACGAACCAAACUCCAACUACUUAAUAAAGAAAAUAAAUUACUCAA